CUGAGCAGACAGUGAGCGAGCGCGCGCCUGCGACUGACACGCGCGGAGAGCACAGACAACCAGCGUCCAGCGUCCGUUCAACUCACUUCGCGCACUGGCCGCUGUCCACCAGGACCCGCUCAAAAUGAUUCGGACCGUCCUCUGUUUCCUCGGAUUGCUCGUCGGUGGCAGUCAAGGUGCCCUCCAGGUGUCAAUCUCGCUGAAAAAGGUGGAGCUGAGUGUCGGGGAGUCCAAGUUUUUCACAUGCACAGUGAUCGGGGAGCCUGUGAAAUUGGAGUGGUUUAACCCGCAGGGGGAGCGGAUGGUCGCGUCUCCACGGGUGGCCUUGCACAAUGAAGGUAUUCGUUCCAGGCUCACCCUCUACAAUGCCAAAAUAGAAGACGCUGGCAUUUACCGGUGCCAGGCCACCGAUGCACAGGGAGAGACACAGGAGGCCACUGUGGUGCUCGAGAUCUAUCAGAAGCUGACGUUCAGAGAUGUGAGGUCUCCUCAGGAGUUUCGGCAGGGUGAGGUGGCUGAAGUGGUCUGUGAUGUCACCAGUUCCCCUGUGCCUGUGGUCUCUUGGUUUUAUAACAACAUUGAAAUCAUUGAAGACACUGAGAAGUUUGAGCUCCUACAAAACAACAAUCUGCAAGUCCAGAAAGUGACUAAAGCAGAUGAAGGAGUUUAUCGCUGCGAGGCAAGAGUCGAAGCCAGGGGAGAAAUCGACUUCCGGAACAUUAUCCUGGUGGUUAACGUUCCGCCUGUCGUCUCUGUGCCACAGCAGUCCUUCAAUGCCACUGCAGACUAUGGGGAAUCUGUGACCUUCACUUGCCGGGCGUACGGCUCACCUGAACCUGAUGUUACCUGGCACAGGAAGGGAGUGCAGCUUCAAGAAUCGGAGCGGUAUGUAAUGAGAGCUCGAGGUACAACGCUUACGGUUCGAAACAUUCAGCAGGACGACGGGGGAUCCUACACCUGCAGGGCCUCUAACAAGGCAGGAGAAGUCGAGCAUGAACUGUUUCUCAAGGUUUUCGUCCAGCCACACAUUACUAAGCUAAGGAACGUGACGGCUGUGGAGGGCAGCGCUGCUAUGAUCUCCUGCAAAGCUGAGGGGGAACCUUUACCUGAAAUCUCCUGGAGGAGAGCAAGCGAUGGACACAGCUUCUCAGAUGGAGAUAAGAGUCCAGACGGCCGUGUAGAGGUGCGAGGACGUUAUGGAGAAUCUAUGCUGACUAUUGUUCUAGUCAAGCUAUCAGACUGGGGGCGUUUUGACUGCGAGGCUCUCAGCAGAAUCGGAGGCCAUCAGAAGAGCAUGUUUCUGGAUAUUGAGUAUGCACCGAAAUUCCAGGCCAACCACACAAUAUUUUUCUCUUGGGAAGGCAACCCGGUCAACAUCAGCUGUGAUGUUAUGUCUAACCCUCCGGCUACAAUGCUGUGGAGAAGGGAAAAGUUGACCAUUCCCAGUGAAGGUGCUGGAAACAUGCGUGUACACACUGCUCCUGGCAGAUCUCUCCUCGAGGUUACCCCGAUGUCAGACAGAGAUUUUGGCCGUUACAACUGCACAGCCAGAAACAACAUCGGGAUGCGCUUCCAGGAGUUCAUCCUAGCACAGGCAGAUGUUCCCUCAAACCCUUACUCUGUUCGGCUGAGCUCUGUGGCCCAGCGCGUGGCCACAGUUACCUUCACCAAGCCAGACUCUCAUGGCGGCGUCCCCAUCAGUCACUACCUGGUCAAAUACAAAGACAUCAGCUCACAAGACUGGAAGGAUGUCAAAUCGCAGGGGACGCAGACUAUUGUGUUGCUUACCAACCUUGAGCCUAACACGACCUAUGAGGUGAGAGUAUCCGCGGUGAACGGGAAAGGUCAAGGAGAGUUCAGCCGCACAGAGAGCUUUCAAACCCUGCCCAUACGAGAGCCAAGUCCCCCAUCGGUUCAGGGUCAGAGAGGGGUUGGAAAAGCGUAUCGGUUGGGUCUGGUCAAGCAGGAUGACGGAGGAAUGCCCAUACUGGAGUACAUCAUCAAAUAUAAAACAGAUAAGGAGGAGCAGUGGAUGACAAAACUGGUUCCAGGUGUGAAUGAUUUCGUUCUGCUUCAGCCACUCCAGUGGAAUACACAGUAUGAGGUGGAAAUCACCGCCCGCAACGUCAAAGGCCUUUCCGAACCCACCGUUGUGAAGUUCUCCAUGCCUCAGAAACCUGAUAUCACAGCAGAUUCGCUGUUCAGCGGCCUGGGUUUGGGAGCAGUGGUCGGGCUGGGUUUAGCUGGCCUGCUGCUGCUGCUCGUGCUGGUGGACGUCAGCUGCUUCUUCCUGCGCCAGUGCGGACUGCUCAUGUGCAUCACCCGCAAGCUCUGCAGCAAAAAGACUGCCACAAGCGGCAAGAGCAAAGAGCUCGAGGAGGGCAAAGCUGCCUACCUGAAAUUACCUCUAAAAGAGGAAAACGGCAAGGAGACUCUGAAACCGGACACGAUUGAGAUCAAACUUCACGGUGACAACAGCCUACACAUGACACAGGAGGACAGCAAAGCGUAAUGGAGGCCCUGCAACCCUCUAAAAGAACAUGCAAAGUGAGCCACCCGGAGACCAAUAGCAAGCAAACAAAUGAGAAUACAAGCAAGAACACGCCAAUCAAUUGUAAGAUCCUUUGUUAGAGACUCCUCGUCGGGGUAUCAGAAGAGGCCAUGCGAAAACUGCUUUUGUGAAACAUUUUUCGAAGGUUGCCGCUCAACAGACAGGUUCCUGUUUAUUUGUGCUUGUUCUCGCUUGUUUUCAGUCUUUAGUUUCUUCCUUCAAGGCUUUGCUGUUGCUUUGAGUCUUUGUUAUUUGAAGAGGUUUGAUCUACGCGGACAAGCGUCACAAUUUUUAUCUCGCUCUCUCAUUCAGUCCUUCUCUGGAAUCCGGCCGUUGCACUUUUUUCCAAUGUGGUUGCGCAAACACGUCGCUUUUUAAUACAUCAUUUCACUCGAAAUUAAACGCGUGGAAACUCCCCACCUCUGUUUGCAGUCCGUGUUGUGUUUUUGGGUGACUGUUUGAGUAAUGUGUUUGGGUUUUUUGUUUUUUUUUAAAGCCUUUUCGCCACUGCGUGUCUCACCCAAAUGUGAAGAAUUUUUCGAAUGCUCAAUAGCAAAGCGAGGAUCAACCACGCUUGACCCCAGACUGAGUACGUGGUGGUCCAGCUAACUCUUCGGACUGAACAAUGAAUAGAUUACAAGUGUUUUUGUGGAUGAAAAUAUGUCCUCGUUUUCAACACUUUUGUUUCAUCAAUCAAAGGAGCCCUAUUUGUGUCAUGGAUUCAUUGUUAAGAUAUUUCGGAAACAAAAGAGAACAAAAAAAAGUGCUUUUCUUUUCAAAGCGUGCGAAGGAAAGUAGAGUUUGCCAAGUCUUGCAUUAAAAUAAGGAUUAGGAAAAUAUAAAGAAGAAAAAAAAGAUUUUCCAGUGCACAGAUGUAAAUAUAAUUGUUAUUUCUUUGGAGCAUUUCACAAAUGAAAAAAAAUAAAUAUGAUUCACUACAAAUUCUGUCAUAUUACUGAUAAGUUAUUGAUAUUGGCGAUCUUUAAAAGGUUCGUUUAAAGAAAUCAUCAAGAGCUAAAGAAGGGCAUGUGCCCAGGAAUGUGGGUUUAUAUGCAUCACAGACAUAUUAGCUGUUUUGGUUAUGAAAUCCAUGCUAUUCUCAGAUAGGAUUUGGUUGAAAGAGAUCAGAGGUCUAUAUGUGAUCAGUAUCUCAGUGUUGCAAUAAAAAAAGGAUGGUAAUGGCAUACUUAGCCGCAUGCUCAUUUUACCAAUCAUAGUUUGAAGUAAAGGAGUCUUGAUAUCCAUCAUCAUGUUCAACAUAUUGACUUUGGUUUGAGCCAACAAAUUUCCCUAUAUUUUUUGCAUUAUAGUUCAUAUACACCAGGCUCUCCUCCACGUUCAGCGCAAUAGAACAUUGUGGAAUGUUGCCCAUUUAUUUCCAGCAGUCAAAAGGGAGCACACCAUAAGCCCAACUGUACUUGUGGAAUUCUUGUAAUCCAGUGUAAUUUUUCUUCUGUAAAUAAAAGUGUCCCAAUUUAAA